ACCAUCAGCAACGAACCACUCCAGGGCUCUCUGGGAAGCUAGGCUUUUGUGGAGCUCUUUUUCUUCUUGAGAUGCCUGGCUUUUUGCAGGGAGCCCAGCACCAUCACGACUGCAGAUAUAAAGCAGGGCCAGCAGCAGUACUGCUGGGCACUGCACAGCAGCUCAGCCCCGCUGUGAAGCUUCCCAGCUCUUCAAUCCCGGGACACAGCACUAGCAAAAACCAGGUCGGGUUGCGCGAGGAAGCAGAGGGAUGACCGGGUGCUGAAGGUCUGCGUGGCUCCCUGCAAGCGGUGAGGUGCCAGCUGGAUAUCUGUGCCACAGGCAGAGCUCAGGAGGGUAUUGCGGCCCACUCCUUCCCCACCUCGACCCAGCCAGGCUCAGGCCAUCAGACGGAGAGCAGCGACAAGACUUGCUGGGACCUGUGCUGACUCUUGCCACACAAGAUGACAACAAGGGAUGGGCCCCAAGAUAGGUACAAGGCUGUCUGGCUGAUCUUCUUCAUCCUCGGCCUGGGAACACUGCUGCCAUGGAAUUUCUUUAUGAACGCCAGGGAGUACUUCAUCAGCCGCCUUAAGGACCCGGAGGAGAUGAGCCAUGUCACGAACCAGACCUCCAAACCCUCCUACCUGGAGUCCAUGUUUGACAACUUCAUGACUCUCUGCGCCAUGGUGCCCCUCCUCAUCUUCACCUGCCUCAACUCCUUCAUCCACCAGCGGAUUCCCCAGCAGAUUCGCAUCUCAGGCAGCCUGGUGGCCAUUGGGCUGGUGUUUUUAGUCACUGCAAUCAUGGUGAAGGUCCCCAUGGACCCUCUUCCCUUCUUUGUCUUUACUAUGAUCAGCAUCAUCUUCAUCAACUCCUUCGGCGCUAUUCUCCAGGGCAGCCUCUUUGGGCUGGCAGGGCUCCUGCCUGCCAGCUACACAGCCCCCAUCAUGAGCGGGCAGGGCUUAGCGGGCACCUUUGCUGCUUUGGCGAUGAUCUUCAGUAUUGCCAUUGGUGCCCAGCAACCCGAGAGCUUCAUCGGUUACUUCACCACGGCCUGUGUGGCGAUCGCGCUGGCAAUCUUCUCCUACAUCAUUCUGCCUCGCUUGGAUUUCUUCCGAUACUACUCCAUGAAGGACAAGACAGAGUACCGUGUGUACAAUGCAGAGCUGGAGACCAAGAGAGACCUGAUUAAGAAAGAUGAGAAUGGGAUGGAGCAGAAUAACUCAAAGGUCAUCCCCAUCCACAACCCUGAUGAGAAGCCCUCUGUUGUUGCUAUUUUUAAGAAGCUCUGGGUCAUGGCUCUGUCUGUCUGCCUCGUCUUCACUGUGACCAUCGGCGUCUUUCCUGCCAUCACAGCUAAGGUGUCCACUGUCCUCGGAAAGGGAAACAGAUGGGAUCUCUACUUCAUUCCUGUCUCCUGCUUCCUUCUCUUUAAUGUCUUUGACUGGAUGGGACGGAGUCUCACUGCCCUCUUCUCGUGGCCCGGGAAGGACAGCUGCCUCCUGCCAGUGAUGGUGAUCCUCCGUGUCAUCUUCAUCCCUCUCUUCAUGCUGUGCAACGUGCAGCCCCGUUACUACCUGCCUGUGGUGUUCUCCCAUGACGCCUGGUACAUCAUCUUCAUGAUCUUCUUCUCCAUCUCCAAUGGCUACCUGGCCAGCCUCUGCAUGUGCUUCGGGCCCAAGAAAGUGCUUGUGCAUGAAGCAGAGACAGCUGGAGCCGUCAUGGCCUUUUUCCUGUCGCUGGGAUUGGCCCUAGGAGCUGCGGUCUCCUUUCUGUUCCGAAUUCUCAUCUAGCAGAGGCACACAGAGGGUGCAGGGACACCGAGAGAUGGCUCCGCAUCCUCCUCUGAGGCCCUGGACACCUCAGCACUGUGGGAAAAUAACACCUCAUGCCUGUCCCUGCCAAAUCACACUGCCACAGCAGACGUUACACCAGUGAUGGUUCCACUCCUGCAGGGUUGGCCUGGCUCCUGCCAUGCUCGGCUGUGUGACGCCUUCAGGCCUACGUGCCUUCUCCUUCCCCAUGCUGUGUGUGUUGUAAGACCCCCAGGAUCUCACAGAGGUCCAGCUGCCUCCCACACUGCGUAACCUCCCCGGCUCAAGGCCAAAAGCCAUUUUCAGCCUCUUCCUCUCUGACAGAGUGGAAGGCUGGUAUCCAGUGUUAUUCCCUCUUGUGCCCCUCUCCCCAAGGCACCUAGGGACUUGCUCUCCUCUCCUCUCUUCCAGCGGUCCUGGAAAUAUCCCACAUCCCUUCUCCUCCUGGUAAGACUUGCGCAUAGGGAGGAGAGCCCCAGCCAGCCUCACAAUCCCUGCUCUCGGCUAGACGCACAUGCCCCUGUGCAAUGGUAUCCCAGGGGCACAGACAU